AUGUCGGAGCAAGAACACCGCAACAUGCCCCAGGCUGACGCCAUGGCGCUGGUCGCAAGGAAUUACGAGCGCUACAAGACGGAGUCGCGGGAGAAGGAGCGGGAGGAGAUCGCCCGGCAGGCUGCCAAGAUGGCAGACGAGGCUGUUCUGCAGGAGCGGGAGCGCCCACCCCCCAUGGAGGAGGGUGUCAGAGGAGGUCACCCUCCAGGGAUCCAGACUCUCUUGAACCUGCUGGCAGACAAUCGCUGUCUGACUGCCGAGGAGACUGAUAAAGUCAUUAAUUACUUGAGAGACCGGAAGGAACGGUUACUGAGGGGAAGCGGUGAUUCUCUGCAGGCAUCCAUGUCAAGACAGUCUCUGGGAGCACCUUCAGGAUCAUCUCUGGGGAGUCAGUCCAGCCUUCCAAGCUCUCAGGCUCAUCAGGGUUCACAGCCUCUGGUUUCUGCUCCUUCUGUUCCAGUCUCCUCUUCUAAUCCUCAGCAGGAGCUUCAAGCAAAAAUCCUCAGUCUCUUCAACAGCGGGGCGGCGGCGGCAGCGGCUGCUGUGGCAAACAGCGGUUCUGCAGCCCCUGCGGGCGCCUCGGGUGGCACUCCCAACCAGAACUUUGCUAACAUGGCCAGCGGUCAGGCCCGCUCAGCACCCCUCAGUGCUGGAAAUUUAAACCAGGCUCAGCAGAGAUUGCAGACUCCCAGCACGCAGCUUCCUGCUCUCCAAGGCCCUUCAAGAAAUGCAGGCCCAAGACCUGGGGCUCCUCCGCCAGCUCAGUCGCUCUACGGGCAGCACCAAAAUCGCCUCCCUGCACCUGGCAACGUACCUGCUCAAAGGCCGGUGUCUUCUGGUAUCAACUUUGACAACCCCAGCGUACAGAAAGCCUUGGACACCCUUAUCCAGAGUGGUCCUGCACUCUCCCACUUAGUGAGCCAAACGGUGGCCCAGGGGCGAGCAGGCUCCUCAGCCCAGCAACCUAUGGGUUCCUACCAGCGACACUACUAAAGCUGAGCUGGCAGGCCCUGUCCCCUUCCCUUUGCCAUUCCAUACUUAUAGCUGUUUAAGGAGUCCUUGACGCGGGACAAAUGCCCCUGGAUAUGCAUGUCCUCUCCUCUUUGGUGAGAGUGUACCCCCGGUGGCAUUGCUGCUGGCUGAUCUAGUGCUGCCCUUCCUCCCCUCGGCCUGGUUAGCAGUGGUUGGAGAGAUGUUUUCUCAGCGGCACCACGUGCCGAGAGCCGCUUUGGAUAAUCGGUUGGUUUGUCCAGUCCCAGAAGCUGCUGCAAUGAUGGUCCUUCUCAAUUUUCCUCACUCCCAGUAGCUGGUGCAUCUUCACAUUGUGGUGCAGUCUGGUCUCGCUGAACGGUCUUAGUAUAGUUUUUUGGGUUUUGAGGAAACGGGACUGAACAGAGCGGUGACGCUGACUGGGCCUUCGUGGAGACCCACCUUUUUGGAACGGGAACUGUUUUUCUUUGGAUAAUUUUUUUUUUUCUUUUUUUAAUGGCAUAUAAGCCAGUUGGAAAGUAGAGGGGUAGCGCUAGCAGCUGGGCUCAUGAAGCACAUGCCUCACCUCUCCUCAGUAACCCGGGAGCGGGCGGUUUGGUCCCUCCGUGGCUGGACUGUGGUGUCCUGGCAGAGUGAGGCAGAGAAACGCUCCUCACCUCGCCCAGCUCACCCCAAUGGGCAGCUUUGGUCGGACCACUGGGGCAGUGGCACAACACAAGAGCUUCCAACCAAGGAAACGGUCUGUCAGUUUUCCUACGCCGAGUAGUCAGUGUUAAGAUCAAUCUGUUAAAUUUUGGUGUAUAAAUUUCCUUUUCUUAUCACCUUGCUUUGGGACGGUUGGUUCCCGUGGCCCAGCGGCUCAGCCUCACUGAUGGGCUGCCUCCCUCCCUUGGGAAUUCCCUGCAGCAGGUUUCCAGGUGGUGGAUGUCUGCUCCCUGAACCUUCAUCUCGCUGUCGGUGGCUGUUCUGUCCAUCUGGGGUGGGGAGGCAGUGCCAAGAUGCAAUACCAUAAUUUUAUACAUUAUUUUUUGUUCUACACUUUGGUAGCCGCAGCGGACAGUUGAGUGGAAAAUCGGGCAGUGAUUCUUCACCGUGUUUUUAACCAGUAACAUACUUUGAUACCAGAACACAAAACAUCUCUGUGGUCCACAGAGACAUUCUGUGGUCCACACAAACACUCUGUGGUCCUCCCCAUCACGGCCUUCUUGGAGUCCGUAGGCUUCCUGCAGAGAACCGAGAGAAGCUGAGAGAGCGGUGUUCUUGGAGCAGAGGAUUUUCUUUGUCCCAGGUGGUUUGUGUUGUAGCAUAUUUUUUUUUUCUCUCUCUCUGUGCUGUUAACAAGAGGACAUUACUUUUUAAUAAAAAGGCAGGAAAAAC